UGAGGCCUCUUUUCGUUAAAUAAACCUUUUCCAGAGAACCUGCUGAACUGGUUAAAUGCUGGCUUUUUUUAUGAGGAUAGCUAAUUGGGCGUCGUAUUUCUCUGCCUGUCUGAAUUGUAAGAGACUGCCUGUCAUAUUAAUUUUGUAUUCAAGCAUUUUUUUUUCUUAAUUUUGAGAAGUGACAGACUCCGAGCUGCCACAUCGCUAAUGCCGAUCUGGAUGAUACAAGUACACUCCCAACACCAUGCACCUUCCACACCAAUCUGUAACCACAGAGCCAUCUGUAGAUCGGGAAGACAAAAAGACGCUCCUGAGCCUCGGCGUCACUCAACAGGAUUGUACAAGGUCAGGUGUCAUCGUGGAAAUGGGCUUCUUCUCAGCAUGGAUGGUGUCUCCCUCUUCUCUACGCUUUCUAUGUCUCAUCUUGGGCACGCAUGCCCAGCAGGCCUUCAGGUCUGAGCCCAGGAACCUCACUGUGCGGAUGGGAGAAACAGCUGUGUUGAGGUGUGAGGUCCUGAGGGCCUCAGGGACUGUUCAGUGGGAGAAAGAUGGCCUCCUCCUGGGACCACAGAGAAGCCUGCCUGGGUUUCCGCACUACAGCAUGAUUCGAAAUCCCAAGAGAGGGCAAUAUCAUCUUCAGAUUGAGAAGGCCGAGCUGGAAGAUGAAGCUUUUUAUACAUGUCAAGUGGGCCAGUCCGAGAGCAGUCAAGCAAUCGUUUCCAGUUCGGCUUGGGUCAACGUUCUGAUCCCCCCUUCCAAGCCAUACUUUAAGGUGGACAUGGAAACACCUUGGGUGGCAGGGAGGAAGUACGUCGUCGCCUGUGUCGCUCCUGACGCAAAGCCCGAGGCUGAAAUCACGCUGUAUAAAGAUGGAGUCGAGCUGACAGGGACAGAGUCUCUCACCAUGCCUGGCUCAAAGGAUAAGCUCCUGAACACGCAUGCCAAAGUAACGGUCACCGCUCUGAGCUCUGAUAACGGGAGGCAGCUGGCAUGUCAUGCCAACAACCCCGCCCUUUACCGGCAUGUGGAGACCACAAUGGCCAUGAACGUGUACUUCCCCCCUCAGCAUCCAGUUAUUUUAGGUCUGGAGGGACAGGAUGUCAAAGCGAAGACAAUACUCGUGUUGGAGUGUGUGUCUCAUGGUGGAAACCCUUUAUCUUCUCUCCGCUGGACCAAGGACGGAGAAGUUUUGUCAAAGACUUGGGAAGCAGAUGCUAAAAUGCAGAAGUCCAGAAGUGUCCUCAAACUGAAGAUCACCCCAGCAGACAACCAGGCAGUGGUUUGCUGUGAGAGUGAUAACCUGGUGCCCUCGUCCCCUCUGUCCGUCAGCCGCACAAUCACUGUGCUCUUUGAGCCUGCGGAGGUGACUCUGUCGGGUCCGUCCACGGCCGUUGAGGGGCAGAACCUGAAUCUGAUCUGCCAUGCCUCCUCCAGUAAUCCGCCUGUCCACAUCCGCUGGUGGCUGGGCUACAAGGAGCUCAACACAACUGUUGCAACUAUGGAAGAGGGAGACAAUGGUGGGAUGACAACCAUGUCCAACAUGACCCACAGGGUCUCCCGGGAGGAGGACGGGCUGAAGCUCACCUGUGAGGCUUUCAACAAGGGUACACAAUUCUCCAAGACCCAGUCCACCACACUUAAUGUCUAUUAUCCCCCUCAAAAGGUGUGGCUCGAUUCUCCCCCUCAAGAUGUCCCCCUUUGUUCGGGGACCACGGUCCGACUCAUCUGCUUCUCGACUGGCGGGAAUCCCACCGGGACUCUGACUUGGUUCAAGAAUGGGAAGGAGGUGACUAAUGCUCUGAAGCAGACCUCCUUUGAUCGGGGUGGGGCUCGGGAACUGCUCCUGGUCCUGACAGCAAGCGACAACAUGGCAAUCUACCGCUGCGAUGCCACAAAUGAGGCCAUGCAGACUAUCUCUGCCUACACUCAGCUCAUGGUUCACUUUAAAGCAGUAAGUAUGAAGAUUACAACCGAUCAGGAGGAGCUACGUCGGGGCCAGAUGGUGACUCUGGAGUGCCAGGCAGGAAGUAGUAACCCCAAGGCCAACAUAUCCUGGAGCCUGGGCGAACUCAGAUUGCAGGGAGUGGAGCAGCCGCCUAGGAGUGCCCAGUUCGGUGGCGUGUCAGUGCACAGCACUCUAUCCCUGAAUCUGAGCUCACAGCAUAACAACCAGAGGGUCAUCUGCCAUUCCCACAGCCCUGUGGUGGCAGAGGCCACUAACACAUACUUCAAACUCAAUGUGCUUUACCCACCAGAGUUCAGCCCAGAGCAGCCAGUGCAGAUCCAGGUGCUGGAGGAUGACAGAGUAACCAUCCCACUGCUGGUCUCAGCGAACCCAGAAGCAGGCGCCUGCCGUUGGCUGAACAACAGGGGGAAGCUGGUCAAAGAGGGGAACCUGCAGUACUACCAGUCAGCCGAAAACUCACUGGAGAUCGAGAAUGUGACGAGGAAAAAUGCGGGAGUUUACAGGGUCCAGUGUACCAAUGAUGAAGGUGUCAAUCAAAUCUCCAUAAAGCUGGAUGUUCAGUAUGCCCCCAGUGUUGAGGCAGAGAAAGACCCUGUAGUAGUGAACCUGGGGGAAACAGCCGACCUGAUAUGUGUGGCAGACGCCAACCCCAUUAUACCUGGCAUGUUCUCUUGGAAAUGGCUGGGAGAAGAGGAGGCGGAGAUGGGAGAGGAGACUCAGGAUGAUGAAUCUGGCCUUCUGACCAUCCAUAAUGUUACUCGGGCUCAUGCUGGUCGUUACCAGUGCACAGCCAAUAAUGGCAUAGCAUCCCCUGCCACUGUUGAUAUGCAGCUGGUAGUGCAAUUCAAACCAGAGCUACUGAAAGGACCCCAGUGGACAAAGGUAGCAAGUAGAGGGGACGGAACUUCUAUAGCUGAGGUGGUGUGUCGGGCAGAAGGGAUUCCUCGCGUUGACUUCUCUUGGGAAAAAAAUGGUCUACGCAUGGACUUUGCAAACCCCAGGUAUGAGGAGCGCACCGUAAAGGAUGGCUCCUUUCACACCAGCACAGUUAGAGUUGUGAAUGUGAGUGCAUCUCUGGACUACGCUAUCUUCAGCUGCACUGCUCGCAACUCACUUGGGGAAGACACGCUAGACAUCCGGCUCGUCAGCACAAAUCACCCAGAUCCUCCCACAAUGUUUCAGCAACUUGCAGUCUCCCACGACUCAGUCACUCUGGAGUGGAUCCCUGGUUUCAAUGGUGGUCUGUGGCAAACAUUUCGUGUAAGAUACAUUUGGGACAAGUCAGCCAGUUUCGUGUACAGGGAUGUCUUUCCUGCCGGAGCAACAUUUUUCACCGUCACCGGGCUGCAGCCCAUCACCACCUACAACUUCUCAGUUAAUGCCCUCAAUGCACAGGGAGAGAGCGGCUAUGCUGACAACAAUGCAGUACUGACCAUCACCACCAAGGAGACGCCAGAUGUUGAAGAAGUCCUACCUGUUGAUGUCACAGAGAAUCCAGAUAGACUGCCAGCCUAUUUAACAGUGGUUGGAGUCCUGCUUUUCUUACAUUCACUGGCUAUCUUCUUUGGAGUGAGGUGGAAAAAAAGGCAAGGCCAGACAGGGGGGAGAGGAGGCAGCACGUUGGAUGUAAAGAAGAGUGAACAGGGGGGGUCCAGUCAGUUGACUGAAAGCAACUCCAACGAGUAUGAGAGCAGAGAAAAGAUCAACGCCGCAGCCCAGCGCACCCUCCUCAUCGACUCUGGAUCGGAAACAGAAAGCCAUGUCUACGAGAGCUGUGCAGCGGAAAGUUCCCAUCAUUAUUACCCCACUGGUGAAUACAGUCCACUACCUGAGGAUAUGCGUAGGCUCGGUGUCCCCCAACUCCCUGUGGAUUCCCAAAGCCAUCUGUAUGAAGACGUGAGGGACGGGGAUCUGUACCAGGACGUCCUGUCCUCCCCUCUUCCUUCCUCUUCAUACUUGUUUGACCACCGAUUGCAUCAUGAAAGGAACAUGUGGAGACUACCAGGAUACCCUCAGCAGGCAGCUGGGAGAGUCGGAGACUUCGGGCAGUCGAGGAGAGAGUCUGCUCUUCCCUUUGAACUGCGAGGCGAAUUAGUCUAAAAUGAGAAGAUGGAAACAUGGAACCUGCUGAACAGAAGAAAAUUACAAUGGAAAGAUUUACAACUGUAUACAUAUUUAUAUCUACAUACAUCUCCAUCUGUUGUCUUACUCCCUGCUGUUUGCUUUGUUAGUUGUUUUUUUUACUUUACCCUUGUUCUAGUCUUUUUUUAGCCUGCAGGUGGAAAUGAAUUUGGAAACAACAAUUGAACUGACAAAGAUGUUUUUUGCCUGGAGGACGGCAGCCCCUCACUGGGGCACAAGCAGCACAGACUCACAUUAACACCCAUCCUUAUUGACGCAUUCGUGUUAACAUUCUCCAGAUUGUAUUUAGAAGAGAACACACUUUUUGCAGUUUUUCUCUGAGAGAGAGAGAGAGCUUUUGUCUCGCUGAGAGUGGACAGUAACGAACUACAGAGAGUAGGGGAGGGGGGGUAAGGCUACGCGUCUGCUGCUGCUACGAAGAAAUUCUCAUCUUCUCCUGGUUUAAUUUUCAUUAUUGUUUUAAAUUGUAGUUACAAGAACCGCUGUCCAUAGAAUAGUGUCACAUCCCAGCCUGCAAUUUCCAAUAAUUACAAUCUCUAUUUGUAGAAAAUGUUCCCGAACUAAAGUUGCUUUAUACCAGAAAAAGACAACUAAUUAUAAAAUAUAAUAGUUUUAAACCUGAUGAGAGCUCAAAGUGAAAAGUCAAGCAGAAACGUGAUAUUUCUUGCGAUCUGUCUAAUUGUAAUUAAAAUAUUUCCCUCCGGACAAAAGUCAGAACACAGGAAAACAUAGAUGGUGUUUCCUUUAUUGCAGAAUCAGUUUGAGUUCUUUGUGCGUUUGUGUAACUUCGUCUUCUAAUAUUCACUGUGCAUGGAUCAGAAACCUCUUCAUUUGCAUGGUUCCCUGUUCUCGCUGCCUUGUACAUUACACAAAUAGUGACUGGGCUUGCAUUCGUACACAGAGGCGUUAUUUAUACAUCCGAGUUCUGCUUCCAGCUUCUGCUUUUCCCCCGAGCACGAUUCGUCACAUCAGUCUCAAAAAGGGAACACAGCGAAGGCAGCACAUAUAGUUCAGUUAGACACACACAUGUAUAAAGAAAAAGUAUGAGAUUAUUGUUCCCCAAUAGAAAUGUCCCAUUUUUGAUGGAGAUGGAUGUGGUCUGGCUCAUAAUAAAUUAUUUUAGGCGUUUUUACUGUAUAAUACAGAAGAAAUAUUUACUGAGAGGUUACAUUACAAACUAUAAUAUUCCGCUUCACCAAUGGCCUUGACUGCCUUAAAAUAAAUCCCAAUGUUUCACAAAGCUGUGUUCAAUUAGGCUGGCUAUUCUCCAUUAGGAGCUGUCAAGGCCUGUUUGUCUCAUUACUGAAUAAUUGUUUUAGUUCCUGUCAAGAUGACUGCUGUGUUCAUACCACAGCAUGUUCCUGAUAUAUCAUUACAGCUCAGGCAAGAACAGUAAUCUACUAAACUGCAGGCUUGGCAGCUCAAUGCUGUAUGUCAACUUUUAUUUUCCCUCACUUGCCUCAUGAUUGUUUUGAUCUGACGGGUUGGGAAGAAUCUCGAGGGAGUUUGAUCGUUCAGGCUACGGGAGUGCACAAUUAAGUAAAAAGAAAAACAAAUAAGAAACUUUAAUUACCUCAGCUCUCAGAGUGUUUUCACAUCCUUUUUACCCCACUGUUUUAAAAAAAAAAAAGAAA